GACAUUUAAUAAAAAAAAAAAAAUAUCAUUUGCAAGUGUGUGCGUAUGUGUAUUGAACAGCUGUUGAAAUUUUCUAAACACGUGUUAAAGAGUGUGUUGCUGGGGUCAACUUGCGAAUAAAAAAAAAAUUACUGUCCUAGGUCAAAACUUGUUGCAAUAUAUUUUAUAAAAAUAAAUAUCAAUAGAGAUAUUUAAAUAAAAAUAAUCAUGGGUGUUUAUGAUCAUGAUGAAUCAAAGUAUAAUCUUAUGGGAAGUUCAAAAGUAUUUUCAAAAGUAACAACAAAAAGACCAACACCAGUAAUUUUUAAAGAUGGUACAAAUAAUAAAAAAUUAAAACAUGAUGAUGACGGUAAUAAUAAUAUUAAAAAAGAUAAUACAGAUAAAAAUACACUGACUAUUCAACAACAAAGAGAAUCAUUACCAGUAUAUUUGCAUCGUAAAAGAUUGAUGGAAAAAAUACGUGAAAAUGAUAGUUUAAUUGUUAUUGGUGAAACUGGUAGUGGUAAAACAACUCAAAUACCACAAUUAUUAUUAAAAUUUGGUAUUGUUGGUUGUUCUGGACGUAUUGGUAUAACACAACCACGUAGAGUUGCUGCAGUAUCAAUUGCAAAAAGAGUAUCACAAGAACAAAAUGUACAAAUUGGUAAAUUAGUUGGUUAUUGUGUUAGAUUUGAAGAUGUUACAAGUUCACAAACAAGAAUUAAAUAUUUAACUGAUGGUAUGAUGGUACGUGAAGCUAUGAAUAAUGAAUGUUUAACAAAUUAUUCAGUUAUUAUACUUGAUGAAGCACAUGAAAGAUCAGUACAAACAGAUGUAUUACUUGGUGUUGCUAGAAGAGCACAAAAUUUACGUAAAAAAAAAAAUUUAACACCAUUAAAAUUAAUUAUUAUGUCAGCAACAAUGGAUGUUGAUAAAUUUCAUAAAUAUUUUCAAGCACCAGUUAUUUAUUUAGAGGGUAGACAAUUUCCAGUAAAUAUAUAUCAUUCAAUUAAAAAACAAGAUGAUUAUGUAUUUUCAUCACUUGUAACUGCUUUUCAAAUACAUCGUGAAUCACCAGCAAAUGAGGAUAUAUUAAUAUUUUUAACUGGUCAAGAAGAAAUUGAAGCUGCUGUUACAAGUGCAAGACAAGUUAAUAAACAACUUGAAGGAAAAGGUUAUCCAAAUUUAAAAAUAUUUCCACUUUAUUCAGCAUUACCAAAUCAUCAACAAUUAGAAGCAUUUAAACCAUCAUCAGCUGGUUUACGUAAACUUGUUAUUGCAACAAAUGUUGCUGAAACAUCUGUUACAAUUGGAGGUAUUUGUCAUAUAAUUGAUACUGGUGUUGUUAAAUCAAGAACACAUCAUCCAACAACUGGUCUUGAUGUAUUAAAAGUUGAAAAAAUAUCAAAAGCACAAGCUUGGCAACGUACUGGACGUGCUGGUCGUGAACGUGCUGGUAAUUGUUAUCGUACAUUUACUAAAAUUGAUUUUGAUAAAAUGAAAGAAAUGCCAAUUCCUGAAAUUCAACGUUGUUCAUUAGCUGGUGUUGCAUUACAAUUAUUAACAAUUGGUAUUGAUAUAACAACAUUUGAUUUUAUUGAUAAACCACCAAAAGAAUCAAUUGAUAUUGCUAUUACAUCAUUAAAAAAACUUGGUGCUAUUGAAAAUACACCACCAAUAUUAACAAAAAUUGGUAAAACAAUGUCACGUUUUCCUCUUGAUCCACGUUUUACUAAAGUAUUAAUGGCAUCUGUUGAAUACAAAUGUCUUGAUGAAGCAUUAACUGUUAUUGCUUUAUUAUCUGGUGAAUCAAUAUUUACUGAACAUCCAGGUAAACGUGAACAAGCACAUGCAGCUAAAGCAAGAUUUGCAUCUCCAGAUGGUGAUCAUGUUACAAUGUUAAAUGUUUAUCGUAGUUAUUUAAAUGUAACACAAAAAAAAAUGUGGUGUAAUGAAAAUUCAAUACAUCAUAGAAAUUUAGAGUAUGCAAUUGAUGUAAGACGACAAUUAGAAACACUUGCUACUAAAGCUAAUUUAGAAAUUUCAAGUUGUGGUAAUAAUACUGAGCCUCUUAGACGAGCUCUACUUGAAGGUCUAUCUGAUAAUUUAGCUGAAAUACAACGUGAUAAUUCUUACAUAACUGUUUCAACAAGAUGUCCAGUUGCAAUUCAUCCAUCAUCAAGUCUUCAUACACUUCGUCCACCUCUUAUUUUAUUUACUGAAGUUGUUGUUACUGGUAAAUGUUAUCUUCGUAAUUUAUCAGUUAUUGAAAAUUCCUGGCUUAUGUCUAAAUCAUCAUCAUCAUCUAGUAAUUAA